GAAGACUGCUGAUGAUUUUAACCUCCAUUCAUUCAUGUUUAGGACUUUUCAUAAAGUCUCACAGUAACAGCUGUAGCUUUAAUAAGUUCAUUAGAAGAAUCAACUUCCUGAUCAGACGCUGGAGUCGACAACAGUCAUGUUCUUGGUAGAAGCUGGAUGUUUGAUUAUGACUUUGAUUCUGAACAUCUCAGGAGUUCAGGGGAAACCAACCAGCAUCUGUGCCUUAAAGGGUUCAUCAGUGACUCUGUCCUGCUCAGGUCAACGUCACACUGCAAACAAGAGAUGGUACAUUGUCUACAUGAGUGGUUCAAAGUAUGUUCCUACUGAGAUCUCUACAGAUGGGAAUCAAGGAAAGUACAGCGUGUCAGAAGAGAGUAACUUCACUCUGACAAUCAAUGAUCUAAAAGAAAAUGAUACAAAAUAUUACUGCUGCACAGAAACUAACAAACUAGACAACUGCAGCCAAAACAUAAUUCACCUCCAUGUUACAGACCUGCAGGUAAAGGUGAUUCCUGCCACAGAGGGACAGACAGUGACACUGAUGUGUAGCACCAGUUGUCCUCGGACUGAAAACCUUGCAGCCUACAUCUGGUACAAGAACAGAGAGUUUCUCUAUGAGGACUGGUCUCCCUGGUACCAAGAGCUGGUCAGCAGUGAGGAAGCAGUCACAUACUCCUGUGCUGUCAAAGGCUACGAGGAUCUCAGAGCCCCUGAAGUCUCAGUGGAUUCAGUCACUCCGACCUGCUUCAGUGUGACCUACGCUAAAGGGAGAAUGUGUUCUUAUCAGCAGACGUCAGUAGAUGAGUCCUGCUCCAUCACAUAUCCCAGAGAAAUCCACGUUCAAAGGAUUCCUCCAGACGUAUCAGGUCAUAUCAGACUGACCUGUAACACCAGCUGUCUUCAUACUGACACUCUGACUUCAUUUAUGUGGUUUAACAACAGAAAAGUAGUCAGAGACAAGGAGAAACAACAGAUUUCAGUUCUCAAAACUGCAACAGAAAGUUUGUCUUGUGCUGUAAAAGGUCUUGAGGAUCUGCGCUCUGCUGACGUCUGCGUAGAGGAGAAGAAAUGUUUGAGAGUGAAUUAUAUCAGCAGAAGUAUCUGUGCUCUGAAAGGAUCCUCUGUGAACAUUUCCAGUGAAUACUCUCAUCCUGACAACCAGCGGUCACAGUAUAAACUUUGGUAUAAAGUAAAGAGAAAUACUGAAGAGGCAGAUCAACAGCUGACUGGAGAGACACAUGAUGUGAAGUUUGAUGACAACAUGAAGAACCAACACAUCCUCACAUUAAACAACCUGACGAAGAAUCACUCAGCAGAAUACAUCUUCACAAUCAAAACAAACUCUAAAAAAGUGUCUGUUUCUCCUGGAGUUUCUCUGGUUGUCACAGAUCUGAAAGUGAAGAUAAGUCCCUCUCCAGUGGUGACAGAGGGUCAGAGAGCCUCACUGACCUGCAGGACCAGCUGUCCUCUACCUGCUAACACAAACUACAUUUGGUACUUCAACAAUCGACCUCUGAACCUGAUACAGGACCAAAGCAAACACCUGCUUCUAGACCCAGUCAGCAGUCAGGAUGCAAGAAACUACUCCUGUGCUGUCACAACCAACAGAGACAUCAACUCAGCUCUAAAGACUCUCACUGUCCAAACUAAACAAACAUCUAAACUGAACCCAGCAGCAGCUGCAGUUUCUACAGUUCUCCUGAUUUUAAUAUCUCUCACCGUCUUCUUGUGGAUUAGAAAAAAAAGAACUUCCAGUCGAUCUCCCGUGAAUGAAACCUUGGACAACUUGGAGCAGAUCAACUGUGGUGAUGACGACUCCUCAGCUCAACCAGCAGAGCAGGAACUUCUCUACAGCACAAUCCACUUCUCAGAGGACAACACAGAUCCUAUCUACUCCCUCGCAAACCCACCUCAGUCCCAAGACCAAGACAUGGUCUCCUACGCUGCUGUCAAAUUUAGGUCUAAUUCAACCUCUGAGCUCAAUGACCAGGCAGAGGAUACCUAGAGACUGUACAACACAGCAAAGGACAACUCAAAGAGACAGACAGACAGACAGAUUUGAACGUCCACCACAUGUUUUAGGAAUUGAAACCAUGAACUUUUUAUACAGGUUUACUCAUUUCCAUGACUGUGUGUGACUCUCUCAGGCUUUUUAUUAUUCUCACAGUCAGAUACUGAGCAAAAAUAUCUUUAUGGUGAAUGCCAACUGAUACUAUAGUACUACGUAUAUCACACAGUGUAUAGGCUACAAGAAAACUGUACUGUACACUGUAGCUAUUAAAGUACAUACAAAACAUGGCAACAGGAAAGUUCACAUUUAAGAAAAUACCACUGGACUUGUUGUCAAAUAGACCAUAGACAUUAAUACGUAGACGCCUCGUUGACUGGGUUGGCCCGCUGAUGUGACGUAAGUGCGUGUCUGCCAUAUUGGAGGAGGCAAAGCUGCGCUGUGAAGUAAUACAAAUAGGAUUUUAAAGCAUAAUGCAUAAUGCCUCAGCUUAUUUAAUUCUCUCACACACACACACACACACACACAAACUAAAGUUGAUGGGAAACAGGUACCAAAAACAAUGUAUUAAAACUUCUUAGUCUAGUACAAUAACUUUAUUGAUCCCACACAUCAAAAAACAGUGUAUGUUACACUUUGAUAAUAUAUGAAUAACAAUGAAUGUAGAUUAAACCCCCUCCACACACAAGAAAAAAACAUAUAAUUUUAAUUUAUUUUUUGGCCAUUUGGAAGCAAUGACAGUUGCUUUCCAACUAUGGAUAUGUUAACUGAGUUGUUAUUAGGGUUGCCACCUUUCAGAAAUGAAAAUAAGGGACACCCACCACGGCUCC